GAGAACCGAAGCGCGCGCCGAGAGGGAGGGGAGCCUCGCCGCCUCUCGCGGCAGAUCUCUCGCCAACCCCGGAUUCUGACGCGAGAUCCGCGCUCGCCGCCCGGCGGCCGGUGCCGCCGCCGCUCGCUCGCCCGCCCGCCGCCGCGCGCCGGCCCGAUCUCGAAGAAUCCACCUUGAAGAUGAUGAUGGGUUUGCUAGCGUUUGAGAGCCACCAGGGGCUCUGGAAUAGCGGAUACUAUUCCCAGCUGUUUGGAAUCGGGGGAGUUGUGAUCACUGUUGCCAUUCUUAUGUUAUCCACGGGCUACUUUGGUGGAAUCGGUGCUCCAUUUGCUCCGUAUUUCUGGCCAUAUCUAGGACAAGUUCCGAAGAAGAGGGAACACAAAAGGCCUGUGAGAGUGUACAUGGAUGGAUGCUUUGACCUCAUGCACUAUGGUCAUGCAAAUGCAUUGCGACAGGCCAAAUUGUUGGGAGAUCAGCUGGUAGUUGGGGUUGUCAGUGAUGAGGAGAUCGUUGCAAAUAAGGGCCCACCUGUCCUUUCUAUGGAAGAGAGGUUGACUCUUGUUAGUGGCCUGAAGUGGGUUGAUGAGGUCAUUCCCAAUGCACCCUAUGAGAUAACAGAAGAGUUCAUGAAUACCCUCUUCAACAAAUACAGCAUUGAUUACAUUAUUCACGGAGAUGAUCCUUGUCUUCUACCUGAUGGCACUGAUGCAUAUGCGUUAGCAAAGAAGGUUGGGCGUUACAAGCAAAUCAAGCGAACAGAAGGUGUCUCAAGCACUGAUAUAGUUGGGAGGAUAUUGCUAACAUUCAAGCAUAAAGAUGCUGACACUGAUUUUAACGUUGCUGUUGAUGAGAAGGCUGGAGCGAAACAAAAUGAUGAAGUGAAGAGUCAUCUAUCUCAUUUUCUUCCAACUUCUCGCCGGAUCAUGCAGUUUUCAAAUGGGCAGGCUCCUUCGCCAGGUGCUCGUGUUGUGUAUAUAGAUGGUGCAUUCGAUCUUUUCCACGCUGGCCAUGUUGAGAUCCUCAGAAGUGCUAGACAACUUGGCGACUUUCUUCUUGUGGGUAUCCAUGAUGACCAGUCUAUCAGGGAUAGUAGAGGAUAUCGUCCUAUCAUGCAUCUUCAUGAGCGUACUCUUAGUGUGCUUGCCUGCCGCUAUGUUGAUGAAGUCAUUAUUGGCGCACCAUGGGAAGUCUCGAAGGACAUGAUCACCACGUUUAACAUUUCAUUGGUUGUGCAUGGGACUGUAACCGAGGGCAAUUCAACUGGUGAAAUUGAUCCUUAUGCUGUUCCAAAGAGCAUGGGUAUUUUUAAGACAAUCACGAGCCCGAAAUCUAUUACAUCAGUCUCGGUAGCGACAAGAAUAGUUGAUAAUCAUGAAGCUUACAAGAAAAGGAACUUGAAAAAGAAGGCUAGUGAAGACAGAUACUACACACAAAAGAAAUUUGUUUCUGGAGACUAGUUCUGCAUAAGGUUAUUUUUUUUGCAACUGAGGAAAUUGAUGUGGCCACCCUGUAUUGAUGUUAUUCUACAGCAGAGACUGGAACUGAUAAUUGUCUCUAGACAGGUCAUAGUGAUAGUUUGGCAGCCAUUCGAUGGUGAUGAUUGGCUGGUGGAACUAAAUUAGGGGGGGAAAAAGAGAACUGUCACAUUCAUCUGCUAUGGCCCUUUUAGGAAGGAACGCUCGCUUGACAUGAAAAGUUUAUACAUGAUUCUUUUUUUUAUUGUUAUCCCUGGAGGGGAUAUAUAUAUUUGUAGCUGAACACCUUCAGCAAACUCUGUUGUAUACUUGUGUUAUUACUUGACAGCGUGUGGAGUGGUAGCAGUGCAUACUCCCUGACUGUGCCAUGUUAUAUUGAAAGGUUAUACUGCUGAGGAAAA